AUGAUCUGCAAAUUGAUUUAUCUUCAAUUAUAUUGUUAACCUAAUUUAAAACCUUAUUUCAUUUUCCUCAUUUUUAUUUAUUUAUUCUAUAGUAGAGAUUGAAUUAUUGCCAUUCAAUGAUGAAUAAAGAAAAAAAUAUUUUUAAUUUAAUCAUUAGAGAAUAAUUAAGAAAUUUAUAUUUAAAUAUUUUAUUCGUUCUUGUGAAAGCUAUUAAAAUAUUAUUAAAGAUUUUGAAGAUAUUUGGAAAAAUUAUGAAAUUUAAUUUUUAGAAUUAAUUAAUUAAUAAGAAUAGAGUUAAAAAACUUAUAUUCUAAAUGAAGAUUUAAUUAAUGAAAAGCUAAAAAUUAUUAUCAAAAAUAACUUGAUAAAAAAAAUAACAGAUGACUAAUAUUAAAAGUUAGUUCAAGAAUUAUCUAACUUAAAAUGUUCAAUUUGUUAUCUUUAAAUGAUUUAGAAUCAUAAUAUCGAAUGUAUCACUUAAACAUCAUUAUAAUUACAAAUCCUAUUGUUGAUUUUGCCUAAAUUGAUAAAAUAUAAAUCAACAUAUGGAUUUCAAGAAUAAAUUAGAAAAUAGAAUUUUAAGCGAAUAAAACAAUAAUAAUAAAUAUUAAAUUCUAAUUAUUCUGGUAUUGGUAGUGAAAUUAGUUCAAGCACACAAGAGUUUGAUAAAAUAAUAGAUAAAUUAGAAGUUCAGAAUUUUUUAAAAGAAUAUUCAUAUUUUAAAAAAAUAUCUAGUAAUUAUAGAGGUAUUUUAAUGGAAGGUAAAAUUUAUGAAAUUUAAAAUAAUAAUUAAAAUAUUGUUUUUGAUGCUUUGAAGGCUAAUAAAAUAACAAUCUAUAAGAUUCUUGAGAUUUUUGUUUUAAUAAUUAGAAAAAGAGGAAUAAAAUAAAUAUUUUUUCAAUUAUAUUUAUAUUUAUGA